AUGACUUUCCGCAUGGUGACUACAAUUUGCUUCAUUCUCGGACUUUCCGUCACCCGAGUGGUUUAUGGCGAGAAAUGCGGAGGUAUUAGAUCAUAUUUACUUGCUUGCUUUAUUGCAUCUCGUGAGUUUUUACGGAAUGUAACCAUAUUAUUGGGCAAUCUUUGGGUUUUUUUAUGAAAGUAUGUCUAGAAAGGUAGCAAAACUAACGAGAGCGAUCAGAGUUGUAAUUCAAUUCAACAUGUCUGGUUACACGGUAUGCUUCUCCGAGUGUCAUGACACAUCGCUUUAUAUACUAACAUAAGAAGAGCGGAAAUACAUCAAGCAGGAUGUUUUCCAUUAUAAAAACAAAAUAAGGUUUUAAUUUACCAUUGAACCAGCGUGCAUAGUUGGAGGAUGGAUCAAACGCUCGACCACGUGAAACUUGAGCAUACUUUAGAGAGAAACUAAUUGCUGUGAAUGAUCUUCUUUCCUUUAAGAUAAUUUUCAUAUUCCAAAUGAAAUAUAGCCUUAAGCUUAAUUUUCUUUUCGAGGGCGAUGAAGUGGGAAAGGAGGCUGGCGAGCUCGCGAAGAAGGUCAUCGGUAGUUAGGAAGAAAGACCUUUAUAUUGUAAAUUCUCUGUUUAUGCAUGAGACCGCAAUUACUUGCCUGAGGGCAUGCUUAGAUUAAAAUUUAAGUUAACAGGAUCACUAAAUCUCCUCUUUAAUUCAUCCGCCAUAGUAAGUCCCCCUUCCUUUAAAUUGUUUUGCGGCCUUAAAUGAAAUCACGAGUUAUGCAAAUUCAACGUAUCAAGGAAAGUGACUCAACAUUGAUAACAAUCGGCUUUGUCAUAAUGACCCGACACGGCCAUUUUUGAACAAUGGCGCAACAGCUUCAGAACAAAAUAUAUUAAAGUUCACGCGGCAACCAGGUGGACAAUCAGACAUAGUUUGAAGCUACUCUGGUUUGUUUUUUAACUUUGUGGCUAUUCAAGAGAAUCAUCAAGAAAAUUUUGAAUAGCCACAACGUUAAAGUUGCUCAAAAACCUUUUCAGACUUUGGGGCAUAUUUUCGCCAAACCUAAGGAUCCUGUCACGAAAGAACAACGAACUGACGCCAUUUAUUCUAUUCCUUGCAAUGACUGUGACAACGAAUACAUCGGACAGACCAAACGUCAGUUUGGUACACGGUUAAAAGAGUACCAAAAAGCGGUUUUCCUUUGCAAAAAGGAAAAUUCAGCUUUAUGGGAGCAUAUAUGCCUAACUAACCAUACAAUUGGGUGGGAUAAUUCUAAAAUUAUCACCACUAAUCGGCGUUACCGCCAGCGCCUUUGUUCGGAGGCUUGGCAUAUUAACUCCGCCCACGCUCCUUUCAAUCGUGACGAUGGCGGUUUGCUUCCUGACGCCUAUUUACACCUCGUCAGAAAAAAAGGCCGCUAAAAGGACCUCUUGUUGCAGCGUUUAGAUCACCGCUGAUGAAGGCACUAGACAGAAGUGUCGAAACGUUGGGUUUAUGAAUUGUAACUUCUUCGGUCACAUUCAUUAAAUCUGCAAAGCAGAGUAGCUUCAAACUAUGCCAGCUUCAGAACACAUGAGGGAUUUGAUGAAGUUUCCGAUUAGCAUACGAGAGGGAAAUUUAAACGCUCGGAAAGGCUGAAGGAGAGACAGCGAAAAGAACAUUUGAGGGGAGAAAAUAGCAGCGAGAAAGUUGGAGGGGGAUACUUUCACUUUCUCGCUCUACGGACUAUCGAAUCACGACUUCGCCGCUCUCAGAUUUAUCUUUCAUAGUGUGAGAGCAGUUCAAAUCUCGCACGCGCUACGCAAGUCAGACUCAAAUCUUUGUGUGCAUAAUAAGUAAUGGUAAUAGGACUGAGUGGAUUCCAAUUCGGUCUGUAAUCAUACAAGCGAUAACAAAAUUGAACGACCACGCAGCGGAAGUCCGAUUUGUUUAUCACGAGCAUGAUAAGGAACUGUCCGAUAAAAAAAGAUUAGUCACGAACUCUUUUGCGUCGCUUCGGCCAAAGUUCCUCAGCGCUACAAAUAACUAAAAGACUAUUGUUUAAUACUUAAUGUGAGAAGUUGAGCCGGAACCGCUGUCAGUUUAGUUCGGUUAAGUGCGUGAAAGGAAGCAGCGGCCUCUCUGUUUAUCUCUCUAGUUUGUGUAAAGGCUUCUUAGUAAUUCAUCGGGAAAAUCGGCCGCUGGAAUAGCUAGAUUGACUUGAAUGACAUAACGAGGAUGAGGGUACUUCUGCCGUUUUAUGUUUGUCACGCAACAUCCCUUUACACACAAAUUCUGUCGGUGAAAAUUAGACGAGCAUUCAUAAGCGCUCGUGGCUCAUUAUAUUGCCCAAAAUGUUUCUUAUUUUCCCUUUUCAACGGAAUAAAAAACGCAGAGCAGUAUUAAGUCAAAAAGAAAAUUGUAUGAUUAAACGUAGGAGGUUAACACAGUGUAAAGAAGAACGAAAAGUUGGGCUAAGAAAAGUCCCUUUAGACAUAUACAGUUUGAUAUUUCUAUCAACUACAAGUUAAAAGUAAUAUUCAGUCGAAAUUGUUUGUUUAAUCUUUGUGUGCAGAUGUUUUUGACGAUUUACCCGCAUCUUGCUGUCCCACAAAGUACAUUGAUGUCUGUUGUCCGUUUGCAAAACUGUGUGACGCUACAGCAGCGACACCCACUCCUAGUAUGAUGACUUCAAGUCCAACGCAGAGAAGCAGGGGAAAACCAUUUUGUAUGAAACCUCAAAAUUCGUCAGCUUGUGAGGCGGGAUUUUUCUUCAACAAAAGUUUGAAGAGACUCGAACCCUGUCCUGAUGGUAAGUUUGUAGUUGACAGCAAAGUAGAGAUGGUAAGUUUUGAGCUCGGUGAAGAAUUAAGAAAGAUGUUUUUUCGUCUUGUCACGUUCCAAAUCCGAAGGUCUGAGUUUCGAUUCCUCAUGGGGACUCAGAAUUUUUUCUUUGUCCCACGCUCGUGACAAGACGAAAAAACAUCUUUCUUAAGUUUGUAGUUCCCUGAUGAUAUUUGAUCAUUUUGCCAUCCCGGAAGUGGGAAGUUGCAACAACUUACGGUUGUUUGUUAUAAUGAAAUAUAGUUAGCAGCUUUCAUAUUAAUGUCUAAACGCGGAAAAUUCAUUAAAAUAGUGGUUUAUUUCGCGGUUUGUGGAUAAGAUCUAUUUACUAUCAAUUUCCGAAGUGCGGUCAUGGAAUGGGUGCGGGGGAAAACUACUUCUCAUUCAUUCUCCUAAAAUAAAUCAAAACCAUGUUGUCACAACUUGCAAAACAAUCCCAUUGGAAUCUAUUAGCGGAUAGCUCCAUUGCAGACAAGAACUACGUGUUAUCAAGGAAAAAAAUGGAGGUUAACUAAGAAAAUAACUCAACCAGGCUGGAUAUUUUGUUAAAGGAUCCUAAGACGCUUUCCGUUUUGUAACGAACUUCAGGUCGGGAUCGAAACUUGGUUAGUUUAUUACUGUCGUCUCUACUGAUUUCUGUAGACAGAUUUAAGUAGGCCUUUGCAUUGUGACAGAGCCAAAUUGGUAAAUAAAGGAUUUUCAAUGAUUCAUGAUUGCGUAGUUACAUAUUAUUUCGUAAGUUUAGAGAGAAAACAAUUUUUUUCUCUCGUAACCCGCUAUUACAGAUUCUCGCUACUGCGGACACUAAAUAUAUUCCCCCCCCCUCGAGGGUGUCCGCAAUAAAGGGGGUCGACUCUACACAGUUUUACUACGAUUGAAGUUUCAGACCGAUGUAGAAAAACAAAGGUAGGAGUUAUUCAAGACCAAUUCAAUUUCGCACGUAAAGGAUUUGAGCGAGACUACUGACAAGCCCUUGAAUUGACCGCUUUGCAAGUCGUGUCGUUUCUCGGUCUCAGACUUCGUCGUUCCCCCCCGCCCCUCCCCCAAACCCACCCCUCCUCCUCUUGGGUUGAUGAAUUAGAUAUAGAAGAGGCAGCGCAAUGAUGAAAACCAAAUUGUUCUCAUGAUCUCAUGAAAGGGAUGAAUUUAACUCUCACCAAAAACGCAAUUAAGGCGAAAAGUCAUCUGUCUGCUUGAAGUAAGAAUCUACCGUAAAAUUAAGGAAAUAUUGACUUUAUGAAUGUUUUCAGGCUUCUAUUGUCCUCAAGACCAACUCUGUAUCAUACCAUGUCCAAAGGGAGCAUACUGUGUCAGGGAUAAAAUAGUUAACGCUACGGUAAGUUUUUCAUGAUUUUAUUUAACACAAAGUGGUAGAAGCGGUGGACUAAAAGUUAGUGUGUUGACUCUGGGUCGAGAAGUUUGACACUGGCUGGGUCUCUGGGGCAAAGUAGUCUAAUUUUAUAGUGUCCUUACAACCCAGAGGUGUGAAUGGGUACCGCGGCGAAUUGUCUUGAGCUAAAAUCAGUUUCCAGAUAAAGGCAAAAACAGUUUCGACUUCUCCUCACUCGUGGGUGGUGCCUAGAGUUAACUGGGAGGGAGGGGGGUUGCCAAGGUGAUCUUCCAUAAAGUAUUCAUGCAAGCAUGCAAGAACUACAAUGCUAAUAAGGUUUAAGUCAACGUUUAAUGAAACCAGUGUCACUUGAGGUUUUUUUAAUGGUAGAUUUACGCUACUAAAUGCUCUGUUCUAAGUGACGAUCUUUAUGAUUUCAUAUCCUUAAUGGCAGAGCCCGUAGUAUGCUCAGUUCAUGAUGAAAAAAAUCAUCUUAUUUUCUAGAAAAAAUCACCCCAAUUGUGCCGCGAGAGUGGAAAAUGCUGCAGUCCUUCUCAGUCCAUCCCUAUCUUUGAUUCUUCAAAGUAUAUUUGCCCUGGAGCCCAGCUUCCAGUUCCCUGUCCUCCAGGCAACUAUUGCCCAAACGUCACCAUUCAAAAGACGUGUCCAAGUGGAUAUUUCUGUCGAAAUGGAAGCGUGAAACCUCAAGAAUGUCCGGUAAGAGUAACUAAUCUUGUUGCAUUGUCGGUAAAAAUCACAGUGUUAUUCGAUAGUGUACAUCCGAAGCAUUUCCUGAGUGGUAACAGCCGUUACAGACAGAUGCGAGAUGAACGAGAUUUUUAAGGCUAUUUGUCCGUGUGAAAUCCAAGUUCAAAACUAUGAACAUUGUGUAUGUCUAUGGAAAUACUAUAAUCUCAGAAUUAUUUCACCUAAUUUUUACUCCUUACUUCAAAUAUGAAUAUCGAUAGCAAAUGCUAAAACUGCAAAGAAUAUUAGAUAAUGUUCAUAAAAUGAAUCCUUUUCAUGAAUGCUGUACAUUAUAUGGAUUUAGUUCAUUAACGAGGAAGAAAUCGUUGCAACUAGAUUUAAGGAGGAACAAAUUUGUGCCUUCUGUGGCUUUACAGCUAGACUAUUUCAAGGCGCCAAACCCCUUUCUAAGUGAAGCUGACUUUGGCGAGAUUGGUUCGGGGCAGUGAGUUGCAAAUUUGCUGUCCACGUCGAAGUUGCAAUACUUAUCCCACUUGCUUUGGCAUCUGCGUGAAGCAAAAAGGGAAUAGAGAAUAUCAAUUCAUCUUCUAUCGUUUAUUUACAUUUUAUGGCAGAAACAUGUGGUAGAUGCCAUCCCUGUUGUUGCAUGUACAACUCCUUGUUGGGCGCGGUCUUAUUUUGGUCUAUUUUCAGAUUCUCUCUAUAUGCAAAAAAGGGUCUUCAGCUCCUGUCAGCGCUCCUGGUGGUGUUUUACUCAUCUUUGCAAUAUUGCUGGUGAUGCUGUUGCUUUUGCUUUGUUUCAACCACGAAGAAAAACUUAUAGAAUGGUGUGAACGUUAUGUAACAAAGAGACUCUUCGCAAAGCGACGGUUAAGAAUGGAAGAGGGUAUCAGGAAGAACACGUUGGAUAAAUACCGAGAGGAGGCGGAGCCCAAGACACAAACCAUCACCAUUCGUUUUCAAAACCUUAGCCUCUCUCUUAAAAAGGUAACUACCUGGUUGUGAGAUGGGAGAGGGGAAGGAAGGAGGUCUUUUGUUAUCAAUCUCAAAGUAACGGUCAAUCUCAUGAACGAAUGUUCGCCAAAGGUUAUUUUUCUAACUUCCGAGUCCGGAACGUUAUUUAGUCACGUACUAUCGGCAGCCAAAAUGCUACUAUGGUUAGUGCUACUGCUAUUGCUACUGCUACUGCCACUGCUAUUAUGAUAAUAAAUACGAUAAUAAUAAUGAUAGUAUUGAUGGUGAAAAUAAUAAUAAUAUAGAAAUGAUAUCAUCAUCAUCUUGUUAUUCGUAUUAUUCAUUAAUUUGUUUUGUUAAUUUUUGGCGCCGAAGUACUGCAAGGGAGCAUGUUAACACUUAGAAAAAUUCGGCGCGAAAGUGCGCCACGAAAAAAUAAAAACCAAUUUAUGGGAUAUAUUUCGAAGGACUCUACGUUAAAGUAAGAGUUUCUGCAUGCGUUGGAGAGUAAAGGAAGAAUUUAUGCUUUGAAUAUAUGUCAAUUGGAGCGUAAUCUUUAGUGGAAGGAGAAUACUGAAGAAUGAGUCAGAGCUUACUUCUACAAAUAUUUGACACCACACACAUUGUCGGUAAUAGGAUUUUUAUGUAGUUAUGCGUUGUGUGUUGUUUUCUUCAUUUUAACAGACUAAGGUAGCCAUUCUUCAAGGCGUGUCCGGUCAACUCCUACCUGGGGAAGUAACUGCGGUAAUGGGUCCCUCGGGAUCCGGCAAAACAACGUUUCUCAACACCCUUAGUGGAAAAGCGUAUUAUGGGGUUGGUCUUCUAUGUGAAAUAAGUGUAACUAAAAUAAUCUCACUGGAGCCAAUUAUUGACUUCAGCACUCUUGAGCUCAAGGGUGUGAUCAGUCCCUGGAUGCUGUAAAAAUAGGUGCUAUCAGGAUUUUACUUUCCCUUGGUGUCCGGAACUGAAGAUGGUCCGAUAGUAUUGAAGCUAAUGGAAUCAUCCUUAAAAAUGGCCAUUAACAAUAUAGGGGAUGGCUGGAUGGUUAGUCCUUUGCAGGGGGCUUAAGCUAAUAGAAUCCGAUCGAGGAAAACUAAAUAUUUCCAUCAUUUAAAGGGAAAGCAUGUCAUUGAUAACCUGCGGAAAUACUAUUUUAGGACUUUUUCUUGUUAUUUUUUUUUGCAGUUGAGACUAAUAUUUACAAUACCACGACUAGAAAAUUUACUGUUGCGACAAUGCAAUCACUACUUAUGACAUGCAUGUUCAACUCGCGGUGUAAACCUAUUUUGACUUCAGGAGCGUGAAAGUAAUUGACAUGAUGAACAGGACUAAGAUUGAAGAGAGAUCUGGGAAUACGAUGCAACAUACUCUUAGAAAGCAUUAGGGUUCACUUAAUUAAACAAAUUCAAGGCCGCUUACUGCAGUUUUUUAUUUCUGUUUUCAGAAACGCGCGGGUAGUCUCUUCAUCAACGACAACUUUGUACAAGACUUGGGUGUUUUCAGAAACAUCACAGGAUUUGUUCCGCAGGUUAGUUUUGCUUCAGAAACUAGGAAGCAACAGCUUAGUUUUUUCUAUCGAUGUCGUUUUAGAGGGCCACUACCGCGCUCAACAAAUUGAUCGACGAUCAGCGCUACAAACGGCACAGAAGGAAAAUACCGAUCGCAUUCCAUUCACUCGUACAUUUCAGCGUUACAGCCACGCAAUUAGAUCUUUCUUCUCAAAAACUUUAAAUUACUUCUAAAUGAUUCAGAGACUGGUACUAUCUUUUUGCAACCUCCAAUAAUUUCAUUCAAACACGACAAAAACAUUUUGGUCAGAAGUUCAUUUCAAACCAAUGACCAACAUGGAACUUUCAAAUGCGGUAGCUCACGAUGCAGAACCUGUUCUUCCAUUCAUAACGUUAUUUGUUAAGAUCACUGAUCACUGAUCACUUCACGUGCACCUCCGCCAAUGUCAACUAUUGUAUAACUUACACUCACUGCAAGUAGUCAUACAUUGGUGAAACAGGAAGGCGAUUAGGUGACCGAUUCCAAGAACACCUUCGCAACACAGAUAGAAAUGACAAGGACGCUUCCAAACCAGUCCAGGCUUAUCUCCCUGAUCAUUGUUAGCAUAUUGACAGUUUGUGGCCUUUUCUUACAUCUAGGCAGUCCGUAAAGCCGCAAAACUCUGGAACAAAAACUUAUUUCUCAAACCGGCACUCCUAAUCUCCACUGAAUCAACAAUCGCUUUUCAUUGAACUAUUUUAUUCCUAUUUUCACGUCACCAUGUUCCCACCAAUAGUUUAGCUCCAUUUUCUUCAUAGAAACACACACACAACCCACAAUUACUCCAUUCGCUCGGACGAACAGCUAACGCUCGUAACGUCAGCUUUGAAACUUUUUACCGUGGCCAAUUUACGUUAUCAAUUCAGUUGGUAAUACCAAAAUUACACUUUUACACUCUCCCACCGACGAAGAAGCACAUCAGGAACUUACCCUAUUUAUUCAUGUGGAUCUUAGAUUUUGAAUUAUGUUUCUGUUAGCGUUCGCUUGCACUUGGUAACAAUAAAUAUAAUUUUUUUCGAUUACUCUUUGACUUUCCUAAAACGGAUUAUUUUAUGUUUUAUUCCCCAAAGAGCCUAGUUAUUUCAUGGAAGGAAUACUUAAGGCUGCUUCCCUAAAUCAAUUGGUAUCGCGAUCGGCCUUAUAGUUUUGCAGACAUGUUAACGAUGACGAAAAUUUGGACUUUUCUGAUAACUUUGCGAUUGUCGCUCAAUGCUGCAUGAUACCCGGAAAAAAAGAGUCCCACCCUUCAUACAGAUUUCUAGGAUCAAAAAUUUGUAAUUUUGGAAAAAACGCGCAAGGAUUGGCCAUAGUUAAUUUGAACAAUUGUCGCUUACUAAUAAAUCAUUGAACUCUCUCCUUAAGUUCGCACAUAACACGUGGGUGUUACGUGGACAAGAAAACAUCAACAACAGUACAGUUUUAAUUGCUAAAGUUGAACUUGAAAUCUCAAAACAGUUCAUUGCGUUACGUCUUAAGCUCACUAAUGUUAGAGUGAAAAAGAAACUUUUAAGGUAACACAAAUAGCUCGGUUAAGGUAGCAUUCAACUUUCUCAAAUAAACAAGUCUGAAAGGUUGAGUUCGCGCGUCCUGUGCCGAAAAACAAGCUUGACUUAACAUAAGUGUGCACAUGAGGCGUGGGUUGAACGCUCGCACAUUAAUUCGUGGUUUUCAUUCUAAUCGUAGUAGCUCGAUAUACUCUUAACACAGAAUUAUGUCAUGGAGCAAGGUCACUUCUGUAUGGAGAGAGCUAACUUUUACUGUGGAUCGAUCAACUUUGGUUGGAGCAAAGUGACUUGAAGUGAUCUAGCUAUGGAGCGAAGUGACCAAAAACCGCUGACAAGUUAGCAUUUGUGAGAAUUUUUAAGUCUUAGCCACAGAAAGAAGCCAACCGUAAUGCAUAAUUUAGUCAAGAGAUGGUUUAAGUCGUAUAUAAUAAAAUGCUUAGGACAAUUCGACUAUUGCUGCAGUGUUUGAAAUUAGACUGAAACAGAAUAUGAUUGAAAGCAAGGAUAAAAAGGAAACUUCUGUGUCAGGCAGCGUAAGGAGUUAAUCCUGUGCCCACCCACAAUAUAUGCCUCUAUUCAACUUGUACUCUUUUUCCUUCAGGAAGAUAUCAUGCACAGAACACUGACAGUAAAGGAGGUUUUGAUUUAUCAAGCAAAUCUCAGGUUGCCAUCUUCGAUUUCCCAAGAAGAAAAGAAAAGAAAAGUCAACGAGGUAUGUCACCGAUUAAAAUAUUGUAUAAUACUGGAACUGAAUAAUGCUAAUAAGAGACCUGUGUAGAUAAGCUCGUUUUACAUAACUCGCUUUACCAUUGAAUUAAAUAAUAAAAUUGAAACAGUGAAAUUGACCCUUUUGGUUUGGCAGGUCUUGGAUCUUCUUGAUUUGGCGCACGUCAAGAAUACAAAGAUUGGAGACGAGGUAUGGGCUUUCUAAAGAGGAAAACGUUUGUCAGUGUGAGGACCAACUCUGAAGUAUUCAGUAUAUUAUCAUGACACCAUUACAAAGAAUUAGUGUGCUCGCAACUGGCCGUUGAAAACAGCGUUUCGGCUUCACAGCUUCGAAUUCGUAUAGCUUCUAUCUAUUGCUCUUUCGAGUCUUGUAGAUAGUGUCAUUUUCGUAGGAUUAUCUGUUUCAGUCUAGUUUUGUUUAUUUGCUUGUCUAAUUGUUCUGUUUGUUUGUUUUUUUUUUUAAACUAUCUUACUAGGAAUCAAGAGGCAUUUCUGGAGGGCAAAGGAAACGCGUCAACAUAGGAAUGGAAUUGGUGACUGACCCGACGUUGCUUUUUCUUGAUGAACCGACGAGGUAGGACAGGAAAUUCAGCUUCUUUAGCGAGUUGUUGCAUGUGAUACGGAUAUUCCUUUUUGAUGUCCUUUAAUGUGAUUAAAUGGUUGAUGAUAUUCCGAAUCCAUAGCCACUGAAGGCACAACAAGGCAAAAUAUCAGAAGUCCUUGCCAUCCCAUUUUACCACCAUAGUUGCCUGACUAUGCAAUCUAAGGCUUUGACAUUAAGGUGCUUCCAUUCUGGAUUUAUUGAACUCUACAUUGCCUGGUUGCUUCUCUUGUAGCGGUCUAGACAGUACUUCAAGUUUGAUGGUUGUGGAUGCGUUAAAGGCCGUAGCCGAAGAAAAGAAACUGACAAUUGUUUGCGUCAUUCAUCAGCCAAGAUUCGAAAUAUUCAGUAAGUCUGAAUUGCAAAUUGCAACAAGUUUAAUUUUUGCACUCUGAUUUGUUUGCCGUCUCAAAACGUAGACAGAAAUAACUUUGUGAUUCUAAUAUUUAAUAAGAGUAGAGACAGAAUCAGCGAAACGAUUCUUUGGGUAUAAUUUGUUUCUCUAUUGGCAAAAUUCAUGUAACCUAAAAUUUAUAAUUCAAACCCUUUUUCUGAUUGUCGUGUUCCAUUUUUCGUUUUUUUUGUAGGUAAAUUCCAUAAAGUUCUCUUUCUUGCGCCCGGCGGACGAACCGUCUUCCUAGGAAGUAUACCAGAGGCAGAAAACUACUUUGAUAUGAUUGGAUUUCAAACACCCGAGAGAGUGAACCCAGCAGAUUUUUACAUGGAUGUCAUUGGCGGAUUGUGUAAGGGCUCUGAGGAACCAACUGGUACUUUACCCGAGCGUUGGGAGGAGUAUGCUGCUGAAAAUAACGCGGGCGCUGAAAACACUGACUGUGCUGAUGGCAGUCAGGCAGUUCUAGUCGACGGGAUAGAGCAAUUGUCUCUUAGAUCUAUUCUGGGACUGUUUAGGAGAAACCAAAACAAAGGUACUCAGCGAUUUCCAAAGGUAUUAUAAGUCUGUUCCCCGCGAUCUAUGAUAAUUAAUUGUCGCCUAAAUCAAUCGGUAUUAAUCGAUGUUUGUCAGUCAGUUUCUAUGUAUAUAUCUGCCGAUCGAUUAGGAAUCGUUAGUCGCAAUUAGAAAUCUCUCAUUUUAAGCUGUUUCUACUGUAAACGAUUCUUCGCAUUCGCAACGAUAUCUCGCGAUCUAUGCUUCUACUUCUUAGUGGAGAGUUUACUUCAGAGUUGAGCUUACUUCAGUUGUUGAUUGCUGGUAUUAAGGAAGGAUCCAAACAGAAAAUAACGAAUACAUGGAAUGACAACUAAAUUACAGUGGAAAUAAAAAUCGCUUACAGUCCACAUGUUGAAAUGGGUUCCAAUCCCGUUGAAGCCUAACUUUUUUCAGGCUUCUUUAGUGCAAUCUCCUUAAUUGCAGCACAACUGCGAGGAUCAUUUCUUUACUACUGACUCGACAUGUUGAAAGUUGAUGAAGCUUUGCAUCGAUAAGAUCUGCCAAUUAAAAUCAUCGUGGAUUGGUCUGACUGGGCGCGCAGCUGCACCUUUGAGAGCUCGCCUUACAUUCUGUGGCCGAAUAGAAAAGAGCCUGAUGAUGGACGUCAGCAGUUCGUUUAACGUUACAGACCAUUCAAAUUCCUAUGUCUCGCGUUUUCUAAUGUUCAACUUCAUCUUCUUCUAUAUGUCCUUCCUUCUCUUCAAGGAGACCCAACUGCUUUGGCACAAGGUGAUCGCCCUUUCAAUUUCCAUUUUCAGAUCAAGACAGGCAGAUGCCCAACUUCUUGAUUCAGUUCAUCACGUUUCUUCGUCGUGAGAUUCGACUGCAGUUUCGUUUGUCACGAUCCCUUCUUCUGGAUCAGUUCUUGGUGUUACUUGCAGGGGGUACCCUUGGGGCCCUCAGAAAGGAGGUUAGUUGGCAUUUAUGUAGUCAGUAUUUAACAUUUUUCAAAUAGAGAUCACUACUGCUGGUGAUAAAUAGCGCGCGAAAUGGUAUUGACUUAUAGCGCCGUUUUUGAAAUCUUUCAUGUAUCUUAGUCUCAGAGAGAUUUGUUGCUAAAGACUACAGUGCCAUGCAGUCAAGUGUUUUAAGGAAAGAAGCAAGGGUCCCAAAAGUCAGGAUAUUGUAAUAACUGUGAUAGCCAAGUUGUCGUCAAUAACUAAAAAUUAUCAUCGCAUCGGUGCUUAGCUUUUCGCACUGGGCGAGAUUUGUAAAAACUUCCCGCGCUAAAAAUUGACUUCUAGAGUACCUUUUCUACAUUCUUUGUAUUCUUUCUAUCUUUGGUGAUGACUCGUCCCAGUUGAAAAUACCUUUUUUCUUUCUAUCACCAGGCUCCCCUUGACGAAUUCUUCACUCUCGUCACCCUCAGCUCCUUAGCAAUUGGUCUGACCGCUAUGUUAUCUGCGUUGAGAUGUUUUGGUAGCACCAGGACUACUUUCUGGCGGUAAGGGGUGGGGAAUUGUAUUUCUUGAUCUGUGUGAAUAACGACCCGAAAAAGACGAUCGACAGUAACACUAGAGACAAAAAUGCAGAGGUCGACGGCGACAAUGAAAACGACGUGGAAAACGGACAUUUAAACGACACGUUUUUUUAUGGUAACAGCUACAAGGACGAGUACGAGAACGAGGGCGACGGCGAAAAUUACUAUCACAACGACGACGAAACAAUUCGGAAGACGACAACGACGGUGACGAUUAAAACGGCAACAAAAACGAGAUUGCAUCGAGGACGAAGUGCUGUGACGAAGACGUAGACGACAACGAAGACAGGCAAGAAGACGGCGGAUAUGGAUUCUUCCUUUUCGAUAUUUGAGAGAUAUUUUGCCAAAUUUUUGAAAAAAAUUAGAAUUUCACGUUCCAAAGACAUAAUGAGGAGAGACGAAUCUGACUGGAACGUAUGGAUUUUCUUAGAAAUGUUUCGGCUGAAUCACUCAGCCUUCAUCCGACUGUUGGAAUGUGAGUGGUUUCAUACUUACUUUUACACUUACUUUUAUUCCUAUUUGAUAUUCAUUAUCAAUGUCACUUUGCAGUGAAGCCGCAGCUGGUGUCAACAGGAUAAGUUACUUUGUGGCUGUCAAUGUCGCUCAGAUUCCCAUAAUCGUCAUCACUCCUGUUGUUUAUUUGAGCCUGCUGUACCCACUGAUUGCACCGAGAGGUAGAAAUCGUAUCGUUUUAUCUGAUGAGCAUGGCUUUUCAUUACUUUUGAAAUUGCGCGCGCCUCUGUUUGUCUCUUUGUUUGUCCGUUAGUAUGAUAUUUGACGUAAGGCCAGAAAGUCAGCGAAUGUUAAGGUUGAGGCCGAACAGUCGCACAGAAUGAGAUAGUAAACAAUUUUUGAUCUCUUGCGCACAGUUAUACCUCCCUACACCCCCUUUCAAACUUAGAUCUAAGUGUCUGUUGUAAUUUUUUUGAAAAUUCUUUUCUUAGCUUAUUUCCGAUUUCAUUAUGUUGCCACUCUUGGAGUUCAGUUCGCCUGCACUGGAGCGGGAUACUGCAUAUCCGCUAUUUUCAGCCCAAAAAACUCACAGAUGGCAUCUGUCACUUUUGCACUCAUUUCUUCUCUUGUGGCAGGUAAACAAAGGAAAGGUUAUCGUGACAAAUAGUAAUACGAGGGGGAGGUAGAAGAGGGAUGGGACGAUAGAGAAUGGAACUUAAGAAAAUUUGUAUUGAUGCGUCACGUUAAUCAAUUUGACUUCGCUGCUUUGAGUAAUUGUAUUGGUUUGCUAUCUUUGGGUUACUGGACAUUACUUAUCGCCUGGGGAAGAGGGUGGAGAAUUUUUGUAGGAUCGCAUGGUUAAGGAGGAGGGGGAAGGAAUCAGUCGUCGCCAAUAAGAGGGCGAAGUUAAGACAAUUGAAUGCAAAUGGUGAGAUGGGGGGGUGGGUCAUAAGGAUACAACGGAGCCUUAAAGAAUCAAGUAAAUUUUAUCGUGACAAAACCAUAAUCCUCCCUCCCUUCCCCCUCUCCCGGCGGUGAAUAAUGACCGGCCCUUACUGAAACAGAGGAAACUCCUCGUCAAUUCCUUUCUCGAAUAUGACGACAUUAUGAAAAAAAACCAUUUAUUGAUAAUUACUCGCGCUAAAAGUUCAAAUCUGGGACAUUGAAUAUUUUGGGAUCCGGUGUCUAAGCAAACAAAGUUUAGAGCGAUAACGAAGGCAUCCAAUCGUAAACCAAGUCAAACGCGACCGCGCUUUUAAGAAUUUACCAGAAUGUCUGUUGCGUAAGUUUUUGGCACAGGCAAAAAUCCUUAAAAUCUUAACAAUUUGUCCCCGUGAUCGAUUUGCAAUUAUGCAUGAGUUGGCACUCUUACAAUACAAUAUUUGUCAGGUGCGAUCCUGGAACGAUUUAUUUAAAUGUCAAGUUACUAAAUAUUUUGCAAUAGCAAUUUUAUGCUGCUGGGGGUUUCUUGCCCUCCCCCUGCUCUGCUGCCGGUUCUCUUCGUAAAUUGACACAAUUCUAUUUCUGUCUCGCACUGAAUUCCCAGGCAGUUCUCCUACACUGUGUAAAAUGGCAGAGAGCGCGCUCGGUCCAGUGAUCUACAGUCUGUCUUACUGCCGCUGGUACCUGGAGGCGCUGUUUGAAAAGGAGGCUAUUCGUUACCCAGAAGUCAUGGCGCGCUAUGUGCAUGGGCUAUCGACAAGGAAUGGAUACACACUGAAUAACUACAGCUCUUGUGUAGUAGUCUUAUUUGCGAUGGGGUUUGCUUACCGAUUGCUGGCUUUGUUGUUUAUGUUGUUUACAAAUAGGGGGAAGCAACAUUAGCUGCAUCUUGUUGUUAGAGAAAUCUGGAGGAAAGCGUAUUAUUGUUAAACUUAAGCGUGGCUUUAAAUUAGAUUAUUAGAUUUCAUUUUUUUUGCGUGUGUCCUGUGACAGUGAACGCAAGAAGAGGAAUUAGACGAGGGAGCCAACUUGUGCAAACAUUAUUUUGUUGUCAGUUGAGAGCAUUUAUUUCUGUUUUGUUGAUUUUUUUUCUUUUUCGUUAGCGUGCUCGAAGGUGCUAUAUAUGUUUAACUUAGACAUAGUUUGAUGCUACUCUGGUUUGCAGAUUUAAUGAAUGUAACCGAAGAAGUUAACUUGUUAAGUGUCCCGCCAAGUGUGUUGUGAUGUACACAAAAGGCUUAAAAUGACUAUGCUAAGAGACUUAGAGGUCACCUCUGUUAGUUCGAAAGUCAGAAUCACUAUCGUCUAAUUUUAUGCGCAAGAAUGCCUAAACCGGUGAUCUUUGACGGUUGCUGAUAAAUCACAAUUGAUGAUUAAAAAUGCAAGUGAAGGUUUCAUAUUUGUUAGGAGAUUCGUGGGCUCGAGUAACGGUCACUUUGGAAAUGAGCCCGCAAACUUACAAGGCCAUAAAAUAAGUUUGAUGAUUGGAUAUCUGUUAAUUAUUAAACUGAAUCUGACAUUUGACCUCCAAACUAUUAAAAUUAUUUUCUGAAAAGAAUAUUAUUCUCGGUUGUCGGUUAUAUUUUUGUCCGCCCUAAUCGGUAAUUCCCUUUAUCGCUGGUCAAUUAUAUUUUUCCCUUUGUCGCCAGUCAAUUAACCCGAUCCAGAUCCUCUUCACACAUCAUCAAAGCGAUCGGUAACAAGUGAUCGCUAACGUUUUAAAAGAAUCUUAUUUUUCAAAUAAUUUUUUCAACAACAACUUAGAUGCGCAGGUGGCCAUGGGUUGUUGUUUUGAGACGCAGCUUAACGGAUAGAAAUAUUUCUGAUUAAAAGAUCUC